AAAAUGUAGUCAGGCUUACUAAGCGCCAAGUUGUAGAAGUAGUUUUAUAAAAGCUUUAAUAAACGCGCUCCUUCCUUUAGAAGAAGUUUUGUCGAUUUUUAUGUUUAAAAUAAGUAGACCGCGAUGUAUCGGGAAAUUCAAUAUGAUGGCGUUCAAAUAUGUUUCAAAUAAAAUUAUUUAAAGCUUAAAAGUUUUGUAACAAAACCAAGGUCAGCAGUAGUGUGGUUUUUGAUUGAAAUUUGUGUUUUGAAUAAUAUGUGUUUCAACAUUGUGAACAAUUUGGAUUUUAAACAUAUAGCACAAUCCAGCAAUGCUAAAUAGGCAUAGUUCGAUCAGAUGUCACGUCGCGCUUCCAACCACCACCAACCCAGAUAUACUGAAAACAACCCCUACCAUGUCACUACAAUUGCCCGCCCUCAACUCUACCAUCACCAGCAAAAAAUCCAUCACCAAAGAAAAUCAUUUACACACCAACCACAGACUACCGUAGACAUCGGCGUCAGCGAUGCCACCACUACAGACACCUACUAUGAUUACUGCGCAGCAGAAGAUAGAAGUACUUUCCUACCUCUGCGCGAAAGCAGGAACACCGACGUCACUUUUUCCGAUGAUAGCGGCUCAACUAGACUGCCUUAUUUCGAGUUCGACGAGGAAUCUAAUAAGGGCAGGAACUCGUUUUCGGACAGGAGCUUCCAGAGGCUCCAGAGGCACGGAAUAAGGCAGGACGAGCUGGAAGAGGAACCUUUCGAAGAUAGAUUGUACCAUGAAAUUCAAACACCCUGUGAUAAUGGUCCUAUACCAGUCCAAACCACAAAUGGUAGAAGACCUGUGAUAUCAAGAACAUCAGACCGACCGCAAAGCUCUAUGAGUUCAGCUCUGACCAAUGCCAUGGUUUACGGUUGCGGUGGCAAAUGCCAAACUUUCGAAAGCGUUUGCUAUUUUCUAUUGCAAUUAAUAUUCACUAUGGGUAUUCUCAUAGGCGUUUCUUUGUGCAUCGCCGGUUUGGUCCUAAGAAGAUCAGCAGCCAGAAAUCUUCAAGUCCUAGUCUACAUUGGCAUUAUGCUGGCAAUGGUGAGCUCGCUUCUACUAACAAUUCAGUGUAGAGCGAAAAACGUGGCGAAAAGACGAAUCAAAGCAAUCCAGUCAGCGAAAAGAGCACCAAUUCAAAUGGAGACUUUGAAUAUCCGUUCGAAUCCAGUCCACUUGGAUCGGUUGCCCAGCAUAAGAGAAAACCAAAGACAUUUGCCGCAAGUGCAUAACUUGAGACCUUUGCCGCAAAGACCGAGGACGAUGGCCAUGGACGAAGAGCAAGGUGUACCUUGGUGGAGGCGUGGAAAUGUAGUUUGAAUUUUUGGAUUGGAUAAGAGGUAUAAGACUGACACGUGUAUAAAAAUGUAUAUUAAUUUAUUUGCUACCUCGUGGAUUGUUUUGAAUAAUUUGUGACAGUGAAAUUAAUGAGAUUUUGUGAAAUUUUAAUUAAUAAAU